AUGGAGUUUCCGCAAGUCACAUGUGAUGAUGUGAAUGCUCUCGUUCAAAUGUGUUCAAUACCGCACGAGACGGCCAUCACGUCGCUUAAGCAAUGCUCGUCAAGUUUAUUUGUGCUUCUCUAUCAGCGGUUGUUCAACUGUACAAUCGUGGGCAUCGAGAGCUCUCCCUAUACUGUGGAGCAGAAGAAAUGGAACGUGAAGUGUGUUCUGAAUGAAUUGUGUGCCAAAUGCGGUAUGAAUGUUGAAGGGAUCGACGCUGAGAAAAUUGUCCAACUCAAUGAAGAGCACAUUAGUCGCCUUAUCGCACUUUUCCUUGAAAUUGCAAACCGCAUGAGUAUCCAUACCGGCGCCGGGCGCGGUGCGCUGCCUGUUGGCGCAGGUUUAACUGCUCCCACACCAUUUCCAGCCGCUGCACUGCGACCCAAGUUGGCUGAAGUUCCACGUGAUCCCGCGGAAGAUGGGACUUGGUAUCCUCCAGCUGCUGCAACACAUGUAUUACCUACACAUUUGAUGAGACCCGUCCACGCGGCAGAGGGUCAUAUGAGAGCUGCUGUUCAGGCAUAUUUGCAUCACAAUGAAUCCUCUUAUCGAGGGCAUCACGACUCUGCUCAACUUGGGGAUGCAGUGGACAGUGCGCAUGAAAAACAUAAGGACAACCACGACUCUAUGAGAAGUGGCAGAAAGUUUUAUGCCGAUGUAGUUGAAGCUGAGAUGUCCGUGUCCGAUGUUGCGAAUAGCGGUGACGAUGACAAGGCAACUUUGUUAGAUGAAGAGGAUGAUGGUGGAAGCGGCGGGAGUUUUGUAAACACGGAGGAAAAGGAGAUUCCCACAAGUCAACUCGUAGAGGUGUGGAGCGCUCAAGUCAUUCCACCGAAGCGACAUAUCGGCAUGGGAGACUCCCCAGACCUAACGGAAUUACGUGGCCAACUAACCGCUAUGGACAAGUGCUUACGGAGAGGAGAACAACGAAGGGUUCGGCUCCGCCACCAACAACGUCAGCAAAGCGCGGCUCAAAACCAGCGAGGUCAUAUGGAUCCGGUUAGUGAUGGUGUCAGUGCUCAAAUGUGGCGUGACAGGCGCGCAAUAGCUUCAGCCUUCUUGCCCCAUGGCCUCAAUGUUGAUACCAUUAAAGGAAACAAAUUUUAUGAGAAGCAACCGAGGCGGAUGAUCGACUAUGAGCGUAGAAAUGAGAAGAUUGAAAUGCUCCGUUCGGUAAGGUUUAUUGAUGAAUUAGAGAGGGAAGUCGGUCGCAAGAUGGUGCAGCAGCAUCGAGAUACUACAAUGAAGCUUCGGGAGGAAGUUAAAGCCGCAUUGGAACGGGAUCGACAAGAGGUUUUGGAGCGAAGAAGGCUUAUUCGUGAAGAGGAUCAAAAAUACCGCAACGCGUACACCGCAAUUCUCACUGCUGCCAGUAAUGAUUUACGUAUGACCAAGGUACUGAUGCUAGAGCGAAUGCAACAUCUUGCUCAGCAACAUGCCCUUUCAUUACGAGAAAGUCGCCGUAUGUGUCAACUUCUUAAGCGGGAGAGUAAAGAGCGGGUUCGUCAUGACCUCCUCCGCUACGCAAGUGCCGUGACGGAGUGGCAAUCACAUUUUGUUAUCUAA